AUGGCCACCGUCAGAGCUGCCUAUGACGACCACCUACCAACCCUCGACACCGACUGCGGCAAGUUCUCGCCACUUUCAUCAUCUCCUCGAGAUUGUCCAUCACUAUCCGACAGUAGCUUCUCCUUCGACAUGUCGUCCGACCGUCGCCCAUCUUUUGCCUCGGGCUUGACAGACUCUUCACCUUGGUGGCGUUCUGGCAAGUCAAGUGGCAUCACAACACCUACCACCCCAGUGACUGCCAUGCCAUCCUCGGCCAUGCUGGAGAACAGGAAGCAUACUGCACCAGAUACUCCCUAUGGCUUUGCCCGCAAUGAGCUCGACUUCUUCUGGGAGCCUGUCCCGCAGAUGCCCAUGUCGACGGCAACGCUUUUAAACUCCAUCACCGACACAGAGCCGGUGUCUUUUGAUUCACAAUACACUCCAUACACCCAGACCAUGACCAUGAGUAACCCAUCAUUGUCGAGGCCUAUCUUUGGGUUAGAUACAUCGUUCAUGAGUGACGAUGAUCUGUCAUGGUCCCAUCAGCUGUCUUCCCCGCAACAAACAAUAACCCCAAGUGCUGCAUAUCGAGCACCCAUGCUGAUGAACUCACCUAUCUCAAGAAAUGAGCCAUGCACGCCGACAAGAAGAAACGUUCCGUCAUCGUUAUUACUGAGCAGCAGUCCCCUGGGUUUGAUGUCAACUCCUGUUGUACCUUCUCAGCAUGAGUCUGAUGACAAAUAUAAUGAAUCCGAGUGGGCUUCCAUUAGCCCAGAAUUCAACCGACGCAGAGCUGCUGAGCGGUUGUCUCGGCGGCAUUACAGCAAGCGCAACCUUGGCGCUGCAGACCGCGCAAAACCCAUUCCCAGCAAGUCGGGCAUUGACUGUGAGGUCAUCAUCGCGCAGAACGAGUUUGCUUGCAGUUAUCCUGACUGCAUCGACAAGCAGACCGGCAAGCAGAAGCGCUUCAAGCGCCAAGAACACAAAAAGCGGCAUGAGAAGACCGUGCACGAGAAGCACGAGCACGGUCUGUAUGCAUGCUGGGUCAAGGGUUGCAAGACAGCUCCCUUCACCCGCACGGAUAACCUCAAGUCGCACCUCAAAAACACUCACGGCAAGAAGUCACCCAACCAGCGGAACCGGUACGUGGCAACGCAAGACAAGAACAGCGUCCACUAUGACCCUGACUGGGUGGGUGACCUCGACGACGAGGGUUAUCCCAUUCACUCGGCAACAUGA